AUGCCGGCAUCGACUCUCAACGAGAGGCAGAUGCGUCUUAUGGCGCAAGUCUGGCAAUGCACCAAGACCGACCCGAUCAUCGACUUCUCAAAACUCGCCAAGCUUGGUGGAUACUCCACUCCAAAGUCAGCGCAGGAUCAAUGGAACAAGAUCAAGAGCAAGAUCAAGGCCGCCGCAACGAAUGACGAUCCGCAGACCCCAAAGGUUCAGGCGUCACCCUUGCCAGAGAGUCCGUCCUCUUCAUCUGCAGCCUCUCUCGGCAACAAGCGCAGCAGUCCGGAUGAUGCUAAUACGCUACUCGCCGCAAAGCGGCGGAAGAGGGUCACCAAGAAAGCAGUAAAGUACAAAAUGUCAUCUGAAUCUUCUUGCGAAGAAACGGACGAGGCUCCAUUAGAUAACGGAUAG